UUUCACGAACUGCCGUGAGACUGGGUUGGCAGAUCUGGAGAUAAGGACAGAGGUUUUCAUCAGACGCAAAUUAUUUUUGGUCGACUCUGACGUCAAGAGAAUACACGUUUCAUUCAACAAGCAGGAAAGUAAGUUAUUUAUAACCCGCAGCAUCUCCGGCUUGUGAUCCUUGAGUGCGCAGUGAAAGGAAUACUCCCCUAUAGACUGAUGUAGUGAGCCUCCAUAACAGAAGCCACACUGCUCAUGCUAUGCGUGCUAUGGUGCCAGAAAGGUACGGCGUCCUGUAACCUGUACUAGGACGCGUCGAUGGGAACAGCCGCGUCUUAAAAAAUAGGGAUAUUGCAAAGAAUUGCAACAAACUUUCUCUUCUGAAUGAUACAUUUUCUUCCGAUUCCUUCCCUCCUGCAUGGCAAAGCACUGGGUACUUUGAGCAUGGAAAACCUCUCCUCAGACUGGGAUUGUGCGCUGUAAGUUCAACAGAGAAGAUCUGUGAUUGGCCGGGAGAUGGCAGAUAUACUGGAGCUGCGGACAGAUGGAAACUCACUCCUGAAGGCGGUAUGGCUCAGACGCUUAAGACUCACUAGGCUCCUGUUGGAAGGAGGUGCAUACAUCAACGAGAGCAAUGAACGUGGAGAGACGCCACUCAUGGUGGCCUGCAUGUCCACACACACUGACCAGCAGAGUGUGAGCAAGUCAAAGCUGGUGAAAUAUUUGCUGGACAACCAGGCAGACCCCAACAUACAGGACAAAGCCGGCCGGACAGCUCUAAUGCAUGCCUGCAUCCACAAGGCUGGGCAUGAGGUGGUGGAUCACCUGCUGAGCAAUGGAGCUGAUCCCAGUCUAGAUGACAGGAGCGGGGCCUCAACCCUAGUCUACGCCAUCAAUGCUGAUGAUAAGAAGACACUAAAACUGCUCUUGGAUGCAUGCAAAGCUAAAGGCAAGGAGAUCAUCAUAAUCACCACAGACAAGUCACCGUCCGGGACUAAAACUACCAAACAGUACUUAAAUGUCCCCCCAUCACCAGAGCUGGAUGAGAGCUCCUCCCCAUCAUACUGCACCUCUCCGUCUGAUAUCAACGUCACUGCAUCUCCCACACCUGAGCACGAGCAGCAAAACUUAGUUUUCAGUUUCCAGACCAAGCUGAAAACCUCGACUUCCGCUGCAAAGCUCGUCAACGGGCCCACGUCUCCAACACGCCGGCCUGCGAACCCCAAACGUGCACGUUUGCCUCAGCUGAAGAGGCUGCAGUCAGAGCCUUGGGGGCUGAUCGCUCCCUCAGUCCUUGCUGCAGCUGCCGCCCAUGAGGAGAGUAAGAAAGCCAGCUCUGAUGAAGAUGUUGUUGCAGGGGUAAACGGACUCUCUCUGAGUAAGAGGUCAGCUUUAUCUCGACAGAGCAGUGUGGAUGGGAAGGACAGCUUAUUCCCUCUGGUGGGUGAACAACCAUGCAAAAUGACAACCUCCCUAUCCUGUCCUCUAACGUCCAAAGCAUCAUAUGAGAGAUCUCUUAGCCAGCAACAGCCACUGGCACGGCGCAGUACUGUGCCCACAGAACAGGACAGCAGCUGCAGCAGUGGACUCGUCAGUCUGAGAGACACAAUGCAUAGGAGACGUCUGGGGAACGAUCACUAUGACUCAGACUCACAGCUCUACUCAGACUCUGGCAUGUUAGACUCUCCUAAGGUCCCAAUGGAGCGAAGGAAACUAAACACUUCUCCACUAGCGAUGUUGACCAACUCCAAAGAAUCGCUAGACAUCAACACCAGCCCGUCCUCUCCCAGCACAGCACACAGGCGUGCUCCUGGCCUCCUGGAGAGGAGAGGCUCGGGCACACUGCUGCUGGACCACAUCUCCCACACCAGGCCGGGCCACCUGCCCCCUCUCAACAUUAACCCCAACCCUCCCAUUCCUGACAUCGGGGCUAGUAGCAAGCCCUCCUCACCUCUGACCACGGGUAUUAGAUCAAUAGCUCCAGUAGCACCAAACACACCAAAGAGAGGCAGCCUCAAGUCCAAGAAGAAACUUGUGAGAAGGCACUCUAUGCAAGUGGAGCAGAUGAAACAGCUUUCUGAUUUUGAAGAGCUGGCUCAUUAGUUAGUGAUGAUGUUUAUGCAGCACAUAUUGUGGGUGUAGAAAAGGCUAACACCAUAACGUGUCAGGAAGUACAUCCAUGGGUUCAGCUGUGUAGACUUACAGCCAUCUAGAUGUUGAAUAAUGUAUAAUUUAUAUAAAAUAUACAGUAUAUAUAAAAUAUAUUGAAACUAAGCAAUAUAGAUAGACUUCCUCCCUGUGUUACACCCAACCUUAAAAACUAUUAUCUUUUGACUUCAACACCUGCUGUAAAUGUAUUACAGUUUUGAAUGUAAAUGCCUAGACAGGGUACUAUUCUUCUCAACUAGCUCUAUUACAUGAUAAUGUAAUGCGUAGGGAACAUACAGGGUUCAUUUGUAGCCAGAAGGCCACUUGGGUGCACUUUGUGCAUAUGUAAUUAGCACCAUUAAUGGACUUUCUUUUAACAAGAAAAAUGUGAUGCACUUGUCUGAGAUGUAGCUUUGAGUAAAAUGAAAAUUGACUGUAGCAAAUUUGUACAAAGUGCCUUCAAGAAAAAGAAACCUAAAAAAAAAAAAAAAAUACAGUGGACAGAAACAUUUAUUGUGUUAGGAGCAUUUUUAAUUCAUAAUGAUGUAACCAAAAUGUGUUUUUAUUUCAAUGUUGCUGGUCUCUUAAACUCAGAAUACACAUUAUGUGAAUUAAUAAAAAUUAUGCCUUAAGGAACAGGUAAAACGAUGGGCUAUGUAUAACAGCACAUUAUUGCCCUAUGAGGAAAAAAGAAUUAAUGUUGCUGCUAACAGUGUUACAAAAACCUUCAAAGCACACAUAAUUCUAGUAACACUGAAUGACAUUCAAGCCCUUAGUCAACGUAGACAUUGGUGAAACUUGUCAAUUAAAAUGUCAUUUCACGCUAAUGGCAAUCAAAACUAAAGAUCAUACAGCUUCCAUCUAACUUGUGAAGCAACGCUUCUGUUUAAGGAAAAAAAAUAAUAAACAUAAUGAAAUCCAUAGUAUUUUUGUAAGUAGUUUGUUGUAUAUUCUGAAUAAAUGUCAAUCACUUGUGAA